UCACCCCUUAACCUCUCCGUUCCUCUUCUCGGCUGUCCUCCCUUUCUGUUGUCUUCUCGUGCCCCAACCACAUCCUGGGGGCCGCCUUCCUGCACGGUCCUCAGCGGGGCCGGUGCACCCCGCGUCCGGGCCUGGAAGCCCCGGAGCGCGGCCUUUCUGUCCCGGGCCCACCCCUCGGCUGCGCUGAUUGGCCGCUCCUGGGGCAUUUCCCCCCCCCCCCCGGCUCCGGGCCCGCAGGGUCUCAACCCGGCGGAAAGUUUUCUGCGCCGGGAGGAAGUUGGUAGUUUGGGGAUUCUGAGAAAGCAGCUCCUGUGGCUGCAGGGGCCUGGGUGACCAUGGAGGAGCCCCCUUUGCGAGAGGAGGAGGAAGGAGAGGAGGAGGAAGAAGAGGAGGAAGGGGACGAGGCUGGGCCCGAGGGGGCUUUGGGCAAGAGCCCCUUCCAGCUGACCGCCGAGGACGUGUAUGACAUCUCCUACGUGAUGGGCCGCGAGCUGAUGGCCCUGGGCAGCGACCCCCGGGUGACACAGCUGCAGUUCAAGAUCGUCCGCGUCCUGGAGAUGCUGGAGACGCUGGUGAAUGAGGGCAACCUGACGGUGGAGGAGCUGAGGAUGGAGAGGGACAACCUCAGGAAGGAGGUGGAGGGGCUGCGGACAGAGGGCUCGGCGGCCGGCCGGGAGGUAAACCUGGGACCGGACAAAAUGGUGGUUGACCUGACAGAUCCCAACCGACCACGCUUCACUCUCCAGGAGCUGAGGGACGUGCUCCAGGAGCGCAACAAGCUCAAGUCCCAGCUGCUGCUGGUGCAGGAGGAGCUGCAGUGCUAUAAGAGUGGUCUGAUUACACCAAGAGAAGGGCCAGGAGGAAGAAGAGAAAAAGAUACCCUUGUUGCCAGGACCAGCAAGGCCAGCAGUAACAAGGAGGAGAAGACAAUCAUAAGGAAGCUGUUCUCUUUCCGUUCAGGGAAGCAGAUAUAGAUCAAAAGCCACGACUAAGACAGCGGUUCUCGGACUCAGGAAGGCAGUGCACCGUGACUUCCAAACUCAUCUCUCAGUGCCACGUAUACUCACUGUACUUGCUCAUGUGUCUCCCCUGAAAGCCACCAAGGAGGAAGGAGGUGAGGCUCUCUCAUUAUCAUUUUUUCCCGGGCCACAGAACUGGACACCCCUAAAGGCCUGGCCAGAGCCGGGGAAGCGGCACAAAGGAAUCAAGAAAGCAGAAGGAAAGCAAAACAAGGCCCAUUUCCUGCUUCACGUCAGCCACCCGGAGGGGCCUCCAGUACGCAGAUGUGCGUUCUGCUUGUCUGGUCUCACAGAUGACCUGGGUCUCUACCAGCGAAAUUCAUGAGCUCAAAGGGAGAGGGGAGGAGAGAAUGCAGGAAAAAACGGUAUUGACAUUCCAGUGAUGAUUUCACAGAGAUUUAGUGAACAUUUGAUUUUGCUAACGUGACUUUCUUUACAUGAUUUUGUAUUAAAGUGAAAUGACUUUUAUACUUUC